AUGAAGAGGAUAGCAACGCCCAGCUUGACGAGCCGGCUGCUCGUCGCCGCUCGCUCCGGAGUGUCGCCCGCCACUGCCGCCCUCCGAUCCCGAUCCGCAAUCUCGGUACGGUCGCAAUCGACUGCCGCCCUCGCCCAGCACGAUGCAUCCCACAACCUCAACAAUGACCGGUUCCCCCCUCUUGAGCCCCUCCCCCCCGCGGCCGAGUCCCUACCGUCGCCCCUCCCCGAACGGGCCUUGACCUCGGCCAAACUGGCCGCCCUCCACGCCCGUUUGAACCUCUCUCCCAAGAUCCCCCUACAGACAUUGGCAAGGACACUGGUCGACGCCUCGGCCGACGAGAACCCGCAGUUCAACAACGCCAACCUCGCCUUCGUUGGCCAGACCCUCAUCAACUACCACAUUGCCGAAUGGCUUCUCUGCAAAUACCCCCGCCUACCCCAGGGAAUUCUGUUCAGUGCCAUGAAGGCUUAUGCCGGACCCAAGCCCUUGCUCCAGAUUGCGCGGUCAUGGGGUGUUGAUACCGCCGCGGUGCCCGGCGGCGAGGUGGAUCCCGGUCUUCUGCAGUUCGAUGCCCUCAAGCCGGGCGUCUCCAUCACAAAUUUCGGCUACAAGCGUACGGAGCUCGCCUACCUUGAGAAGUUCAAGUGGCGCCGUGGUAUGGCCUCGCGUGUCGUUCUCGAUGACGACUUUGGUGAUGUCGUGCGCAACGAUCCCAAGGUUGCCGCCGACCUGGAGAAGGCGAUGGAAGAGCAGGACCAGGACAAGGACAAGACUCCCGACGAGGAGGAGGCCGAGAUCAUGGCCAACGAGCAGGACCAGGACGUGAGCUACGACCGCUAUGGCAACCCCGACACCCGGGCCUCUGCCGAGCGCGCCCACGCUCACUUUGUGCGCGCCGUCGUCGGCGCUAUCUACGCCCACUGCGGCCGCGAGGCCGCCAAGGCCUUCGUCAAGGGGCACAUCAUGUCGCGCACCCUCGACAUCGCCAAGCUCUUCGAAUUCAAGUAUCCCACCCGCGAGCUCGCCGCGCUCUGCGCCCGUGAGGACUUCGAGCCCCCUGUGGCUCGCCUCGUUUCUGAGACGGGUCGCCAGUCGCGUACCCCCGUCUUCGUUGUCGGUAUCUACAGCGGCAGCGACAAGCUCGGCGAGGGCGCCGGCGCCUCUCUCGACCACGCCCGUUUCAAGGCCGCCAUGAACGCCCUGAAGGCCUGGUAUCUCUACAGCCCCGGCGAGAACCCUCGGGUACCCAGCGACAUGCUGGAGGAGGGUGCUAAGCCCUGGACACCAGCAUACAUCGAUAUGGGUGAGGUUAUCUCCCGCUAA